ACUGAUCACGCAGUUUUUUCAUGAGAUUUCGGGAAAAACAUGGCAGCCAGCAGCGAAAGUUUUUGUGUAUCAGAUUUUUCUUUGCUGUUCUUGCUAUAACUAGAAAUUGUUCAAGGUCGUGUUAUGUUUGGAGCAAACAUAUCACUGUAUCCUAACUCAGGUAACAUGAAAACACAAAUGCAAGACCCUGUCAGCGUCGCAAUGUUGCAUUCAAGAGACCGAGCUCAAAGUAAAGAGAAAGAAGGUAUCCACAGUGGACAUUUUAUGUUGAGUAGAGUCCAUGAUAACAAGACAGGUGACUAUCUUUCGGAUGAAGAAGAUGCGGAUUCCGCUGAUGGAUUUAACUUUUCGAAAGCAAGCAAAGAUACGUGCACAACCUACAAGUUUGGUCCUAGAUCAACUCAAACAUUGACUUUGGAUGCUUCACUGUCAAGCUUGUUUGAACAUCUGACACUUGCAUACAACGGGAAGUUGACAUCGCCAAAAUGGAAACAGUUUCGUGGAAUGCAUAUGAAUGUCAAGGACAAGAUCAGAGUGAACAACAUCAUUUGGCGAGAAUGGCAUAUGCAAUAUAUAUUUGGGAGAAUUACAAAAGUUUGUCAGUUUGCCACCCCUCUUCAAGAUCCAACAGGCCAUAGUAAACCAGAGGCUGUUGUGUUAGAAGGAUAUUACUGGAAAAGAAGGCUAGAUACAAUUGCUAAGGAGUACAAAAUGUGGCGUAAAUUCUUUACACAGAAACGAUUCAAACCCAGCUCUGAAUUGGGUGGUGCUGAAACUAAUGAUUUUAGCCUUUUGGAGAGAGUUGGCGAGGUGUAUUCAUUAUCGGGUAUCCCGAAACAGCAGCAGACGUCAAACACAGAUCUUCUGCUGAAUACACGAGAUUUACAAGAAAUGAUGGAUCUCUCAGAUAGUCUCUUCUCUACACUCAAACAACCAUUUGACUUUCCUAAUCCUAGAGAAUUGUCUGGUUUUGGAUAUGGUGAUUACAUUCAGCCUGGACUCCUUCAGUUUCAGCCUAACCUACAGCCUGGCUUGCAACCUAACCUUGAAGAUUUCAUGGAUCUGGACCCAAUUGCUGAGUUUUUGUCCAGUUCGAAACCAUCAUCAUCUAGUCAAAGUGCAAUGCAGAUUGGCCAGUCUCUUCGGGUGUCUUCGAUGGAUGUUGACAUGGGCUCAACAUCAAUGGUACCGUCCCCACAGUUGGCCAUGUCUCCACAGACUCCGCCCACUCCCAGCAAUAGUGGCUUAUUUGAUAGUCCAGUUGCCACACCUACCCCUAGUCCAGUGGGUGACACAGCACAACAAAUGAUGGUUGACACAGACAAUUUUAUUCUCAACCAAUUGCAAUUAAUUCAACAGCAGAAUCAACAAAAGCAACAGUUGCAAGAACAGCAAAAACAACAACAACAACAGUUGGAGCAGCAAAAACAACAGCUCCAGCUGCAGAAACAACAGCAGCUGGAGCAGAAGCGACAGCAGCAACAACAACAACAAAUGCAAGCAAUACAACAAGAGCAGCAGCAGCAGAAACAGCAGCAAGAGCAGAUCUUACAGUUAUUACAAAAUACACAAUUAAAAAAUGUGAUCUUAAACUCGAGUAAUGCCACAAACAUCAUUGAGGAGUUACUAAAAGGCUUGCAAAAUCAGCAGCAGACUUUGCAGCAGACGCAAAAUCAACUCCAGGUACAAACUAUGUUGCAGACGCAGCAAAGUCAGCUAGCAUCUCAAAGUCAACUUCAGUCACAGUUGAGUCACACACAAACUCAAAACACGCCAGCAACAACAGACAAUUCUUUGUUAUUGGGAUUAAUUAAUGCAAACAGUCCAAAUUCUGGUUCUGGAGGAGCUAGUAAUUCACAAAAAAUUCCGCAAAAUAAUUCCAAACCAAAGCAAAGAGGAAAAAUUGGAACAACUAGUAUUCUUGAAGCAUUGAGUGUUGAUGAAAACCAAAGUACUAGAAAUAAAGUGAACGUUAGCCAAAAAACUCAAACGCCCAUACAGAAAAGGGCAGAUAUGUCGGGUGGUGCGGAUCAGCAAGGCAGAGUGUUAAAAGAUCAAGCUGGAUUUAUUAUACCAAAUGCUCCUCUCAAAGUUCGUGGGAAACAGCGUCCUCUCGCGCCAACACCUACCACCACCCAGUCCAGCAUUUCUCAACAGAAUUCAUACCUUGCACAGCUGCUAACUACUGGGACAUAUCCAGGGGCAAUAAUCAGUGUAAAGGAGGAGGGAGGGAGAGGAACUGUUUUGUCUCAGUUGCAAGCACCCACCUCAGUACAGACAUUACAAACCAGUCAGCCUUCCACAAUGACCCUUCCUGUUUCAAUAGCGGAUUUUCCAACAAGUGUGUUGAUAGCUGCGGCCAGUCAUGCUUUCAGUCCAAGCAAUAUUUCAGUGAAAGAAGUGUUCAAUACAGUCAGUAGACAAGUUACUACUUCUUCGAACACGUCCAGUGUAGUGAUGAGUCCGGUAAAACAGGAUAUUACCUCUCCACCGGCCACUCCGGUGUAUAGUCCGGUAACCAGUCCAAAUUCCUCAACCACAUCACUUUCAGCGUUUGAUGACUCAUUGUUAACACUGAAAUCUCCAGAAACAAACAAUUUCAAUGAAGAAAGCCGGACUACAGUACACACGUCUUCUGAGAAAAAACGCAGGGGAAAUAUCAAGACAUCUGGUCAAGUCCACAAGUCUGGUUUUGAUCUGCUGCAUUCACUCAUUCCGUCCCUCAGGCAGAACCCAAAUGCCAAAGUCAGCAAAGCUGCGAUGCUACAAAAAACUGCUGAGUAUUGUAAGAAGCUGAAGUCAGAACGUGCCCAGAUGCAGAACGAGGCUGAUAUCCUGAAACAAGAAAUAAACUCUCUAAACCAGGCUAUUGGUGUGUGUCAGUCACAGUUACCGGCUACAGGCGUGCCUGUUACUAGGCAACGAGCAGAUCAGAUGAGAGAAAUGUUUGAAGAAUACGUUAAACAGAGAACAUUAACAAAUUGGAAGUUUUGGAUUUUUUCUUUGGUGAUACGGAAUUUGUUCGAGUCGUACAACACGAUGGUGUCCACUGCUAGCGUAGAUGAGUUGUGUCGUACAGUGCUUGCAUGGUUAGACCAACAUUGCUCUUUGCCAUCCCUUAGACCAAUUGUGUCCGAUUCCAUGAGACACUUGAGUACAACAACAAGCAUCCUGUCUGAUCCAGCGCGAGUCCCGGAGCAGGCGGCGCAAGCGGUGAUAAAGAGGCAGAAGCAUCAGAGUGGGGACACUUGAAACAACGCGACAAAACUUCGCCACGCUUGGCUUGGAUUUUGAAAGCUAUUUCAUAGCGUUUGACAAACGUUGAAAAGAGCUGAAUGACAAUGCAAAUUUACUCACUACAAGAAUAGUGCCUUACUAUGUCAUUAAUCUAGAGUAUCCUCGAACGUCGCUGAUGUCAUAUCGUCAACAAGGAGUAAUGUGAAGGUCGUAUGUGAUGUUUUACAAAAGUGUGAUUAACAAUUCACUUAUAAUCAUUACAGUUUGACUGGAAAAUGAUUAAUUUGAUAGACAGCUUCAAGAGGCAUUAGACUUAUAAAUUAAGGUUGUUACGAUAAAAUACUGACUUGACAUAAGUUUAUAGGGUAAUAUAGGAUGAAGCAGUGUAUGAACCAAACAAAUGUAUGUAAAUUAUGAAGCUAACACAUUUUCAUGCCUGUAAGAUGAAUUUCUUAUAAAGCUGGUCAAAUUAUUAAAUUAAAAUCGGCCAGUCUCUGCUUCGCGCCUUUUGUACUAUGACCAGUUGAUAUUUUUUGGGAUUUUUUAUAUAGAACGAAAAUACUUGUGUAAUUAAAUAUGAUUAUAUUAUAAUGACUCAAAAUAUGCGUCACAGGAAGUUGGAAAUCAUUAUGAUAUUUACACGUUGAUGUACUUGUCUAAACUUUAAAUGGACGGGUCCAGCUUCCAUUUUCGGGAAUGAUCAUUAUCAAUUUUGGGGAUAUCAGGAUGAAAAUUUGAAGCUGGUCAACCAACAGUAUAGAGGGCAGUCAGACUGCGUACAUGUGCAGGCAGGUACGGCCGUAUUCUGGUGGCAAAGGCUAAUUAUUUUCGGUCCCUGCAGGUUUACGGAUAUUCAUGCUCAAUGUAGAAGGAAUCAUAUAGGGCAAUUGUUUUUGCUUUGUUGCUUUAUAAAAAUAGAUAUGAAUUGUUAAAAUACUGAUAUUGUAAAUUUUUUAGAUGAAUUUAAUUGUAAAAACAAUGUAAUUUAUGAUACAGGGAGAUUUUUCUGUACAGAUUGUUGGUUGUAUAAUUAUUUAGAGAUGCAGAAUAGAUCUGUUCUGUAAUUUUUUUUGGAAGCUUCUCAGAAAUUUUUUUGAUGGGACUAUAAAGUUGCUGGAUUGUUGUCCUUUCAUGCCAACAUGCCAUGUCUCAUAAAUCCUUCAUUUAAUGACUGCUAUCAUAGUAUUUGAUGGGUUGGUACGAUCCAUGAACUAAGGCGUUUCUGUUGUCCAUACAUUUUUGAUGGGAUGGUACCAUCCAUGAACUUAGGUGUUAACCUUGCCCAUACAUAUUAAAUGGGUUGGCACCAUCCAUGAACUGCAGCAUUAAUGUAGCCCAUACGUAAUUGAUUGGUUGGUACCAUCCAUGAACUGCGGCAUUGACAUUGCCCAUACGUAAUUGAUGGGUUGGUACCAUCCAUGAACUGCGGCAUUGACAUUGCCCAUACGUAAUUGAUGGGUUGGUACCAUCCAUGAACUGCGGCAUUGACAUUGUCCAUACAUAAUUGAUGGGUUGGUACCAUCCAUGAACUGAGGUGUUUAUGUUACCCAUACAUAUUUGAUGGGUUGGCACCAUCCAUGAACUGCAGCCUUUCUGUUGAGUUUGUGGUUGAUUGAUCCAUUAAUUAGGCUAUAAAUAGAUCAAGGUUUUAUAUAAAUAGAUCAUGCUAUGGUCAAGGUCAUCAAAGCUAAAAAUAGAUUUUUCUACUUUUUCCCAUAGACCAUGUUUUUUUUCAAAACACUCCGUCAAAUCAAUUCCAGGAGAGCUUCUAUAUUAUUGUUACUACGGUGUAAUAUUCAUGUUUGUAAUGGAUAUAUUGUAAAUAUUAUUAAGGAGUAAAUACAUUUAUAAAACUAAUUUAAUACUUUAUUUGAUAUGUUGACAUUUUUUAUUUGCAAUAAAGUACAGAAAUGUGAUAUUUAUUUUGCGCCUCUAUCUGGAGGCUGUGGGGAUUUUGGGCAGGCACAAUGACAUGUUCUUGUUCAUAUAUAAAUACAGUCAUUUAUGAUAUCUAACCAUCAUUUAGUUAAAACUAAGACAUUAUGUAUGAUGAUGUGCUUGAAAUAAUGCACAGAAGGGGCACCUGAGGUGUUUUUUUCCUCCACCUGUAAGGCUGGAAAGUCGCCGUAUAACCUUUACAGUGUUGAUGUGACAUAAAAUCCAAGAAAAACAAACAAACUGUCAGCUUUGUAUAAUAAAAUCAAAAAAGAUCAAUUUUGCUUUGCUCAGAUAUGAAUUUUGACACAGAAAAAGAAAGAUGUAACAGUGAGCUGUUAAGACUGUACAUUGUACAUAAGAUCUUGGGCAUUAAAUACAACAAAUAUCAUAUCACUUGAGACUUCAAAUUCUAAACAUAUAUCCUUCCAAAAAAAUGGCUGGUUAAAGAAGCAGGCCUCCAGAUUCAUGCUAAUUGUCAUGAAAAUUUUGAAAAUGCAUUUAGAAGUAAAAUAUUGUGUUACCAAAAAGUUACCAAAAGGAAGCAAUUUACACAUUAAAAACAGCACUCGCAACCCACGUAAAUUACCAAAAUGAGGCUAAUCUGUUUGAAAAUAUCCUUUACUGCGUUAGUAAAGCAGUAGAAAUAUGGUUAUAAAUACUAAAAAAUCAAUCUCUAAUUACACAUAACAUGUAAAUUAUUAAUUAAAUCUUGAAUCUUUUUUACAUUUCCUAAUAUCUUAGUAUAUUAUUCUCAGGUUUGAUUUUUAUUGAAAUAUUUUGACUCUUCUGGAGGUAUGUAGCUUUAAUUUAGACCUGCUAUUGUAUUUGAAAUAUGUUUUGACAUAUGUUACUUUGACAAAUGUCUGUAUUGAGAUUUUAUAGUUUUGUUUUUUUUUCUUUCUAGGAAAAACCGAUAUAGUUUCACAUGUUUUCAGUUCAAAAUGAAAUAUUGUUUUUCCCCAAGUAUAAUGAUGUCUGACUACUGUCAACAUGUGAAACAUCUGUAAUCACGGUCAUGUUACAUGUACAUUAAUGCUGGUUCCCUUGUUAAGUACAUUAAUGCUGGUUCCCUUGUUUACCCGUUUAGAGCUAGGAACCAAUCUUUUAAGUUACCAAGUGCAUGAAGUUGAUAGAUCUAUCUGUCUACCUUCCAUUAAUGUCAAACCCCUUGUGGGGAUGUAGACAUGACGAGACAGCUAUGAGAUACAAGGGAACCCCGAGAACCAGUCCCUAGCUCUUAUUGAAUAGACAGACCCCUUGGUUAUUUUACAUGUUCAGUGUAUAGCAAGGAUUUCUUGGAUUUCUUACCAGUACACCUCUGGGUAGGUGGGAAACAUUGAAAAUGUCUCUGAAAAAUCCCAAGGUUGUUACCCAGGAUUGAACCCCGAACCUCAGGAGUAACAGUCAGUGGUCUAAUCAACUGAACUAUUGCGCCACCUGAUGUGUUAGAAUAAAAUAAAAAAUUAUUUUCUUGCAUUGUACUGUGGUGAAUUUCUAAGAAAAGGUAAAGAUAUGACAAUGUUUGCUAAAGUGCCCUUAGAUCUUUCCGGUCUGCUGAACAAGAUGGCUGUCAGAGUUAAAAAUAGAACAACAUCUUGUUGGCAAUAAUUGGACAGAUGUUAAUGUUUUUUACAAAAUCGUGUGUAAAUGGUAAAACUUGUUUUUGAGUGCCGCACAAAAAUUUGUAUGUUAAUAUUUUACAUUCGUGUUUUUUUCUUGUUUAUGUAUACAUAUGUAAGAGAGACAGAUGUUAGGAAGUAAACAAAUAUGUGUAGUUUCAAUGGCAACAAGAUUUCUUUGAAUUUUUUGGAUUUUUUUCUUCAUACAUACAAAUCCAAUGAUUUUUUAAGUUUUUGUUUGUUGUUUUUUUUUUGGGGGGAGGGGGUUGAAAAAUUUGAUCCAAGUGAAUGACUGAUUCAGAAAUCCUGUGAGAUUCGUAGUCUUGUAUGUUAGGUGGAAGAAUUUGGUGGGUGCCUCUUUGGAAGGGCACCUGAGGUCUUCAUCUACCAGUAAAGCUGGAAAGUCGCCAUUGACAUGACCUGUGUUGGUGCAAUGUAAAACCCAAUCAAACAAAUGAAUUAGUUCCAUAAGAUUCUAAGUGAUUAAUAUAAGUUGCCAGAAUUUGUUUCACAAGUGAGCUUAAAUAAAUGUGUUUGGACUAUUGAUUUUAAGUAAAGUUUCAUUUUAUUUAUUUUGAACGAAAUUUAGUCCAAUUUAUUUUAAAUUAUGAUUUUUAGAUCUGGAUAUAUUUAGAAGACGAAGGAUAUUAUUGCGUGUUGCAUAAAAAUAUAUGUCAUAUCAUAUGAUAGCUACACAUUAUAUGCAUGUUAGCAUGUAUGUAUGUAUUAAUAUUGUGUAAUAAACGUGAUAUAACUCAGGGUGUAUUGUAGUCAACAGUUACACGUCUCAUUUUUUUUUACUCGAAAGAAAUACAAUCAUAGCUUUAUAUCAUAUACAUUGUACACAUAUUUCAAUAUAUUUAGAUAUACAACUAGAAAUUAGUCAUCCAUUUUGUAUUAGAAAGUCUGUAUGUAAUAAACUGUUAUUGUGUUCCAUAUUGUCAUGUGGCCAUAUUUGUACAUUCAUGUUUUUAGCUCCACUGUUUGAAAAAUAGGAGGAGCUAUUAUACUCACCUCAGCGACAGUGCCUGCAUCGCUGUCACACUUUGGUUAAGUUUUUGCGUGCAAGUUGGUAUCUCUGAAACUAUUAAAGGGAAUGGGUUGAAACUUCACACACUUGACUGUGAUUAUCUAAUAUAAUGGGCCAAGGUCCCAUAACUCUGAGUUACAUUCAUAGAGUUAUGCCCCUUUUCUUACUGUUAAGCACUGAGCGAUGAUAGUCAAGCGUGCCGUCUUACGGACAGCUCUUGUAGAAAACGUAGAAUUGUGUUUAGAAAGAUAUUCAUUCAGCGUUCUGUUAUGAUGAACUGAAAUAGUCGAUGACUAAGAGUAUCUCGAUAAAAAUGUAAACAAGAUCUUGUUAUAAAUCUUAAAUUAGUUUGAUUGAAUCAUUGAAGCUUUAUGGGAAUGUUCCUGUGGCGUUUUCUUCUUUUCAGAGGUGUUCAAAGAAUUGUAUUUCAUGUGGAAAAUUUGGUUGGAAUGGAAAUUCAAUUAUUGUUAUAUGAAACCACUUAGCCAAAACUAUUCCAUUUAUUACAGCAUUACCUGUAUUAUUGAUAUACCAAUGGUCAAUUUCUUUUCCUAUGCUUUCACGUAGGUUUAUUUAGGAAAUAUCACUGAAACUUCAAGUAUACUUGAGCAUGUGACAUCUAGUUUUACUUGAUGGAUCUCAAUAAAAUAUUGUUCUAAUUAUAACCUCACGGUCAAAAUUGACAAACCACCCACAAGUCAUUUCAUUUUAGCUCACCUGUGCAUGAAGUUUUAGAUUAUGUUCUUGUUGGUAUUUAUCGACAAUUUCUUAAAUAAAAUUAUAAUCUUAAAAUAUGAGGAGUAUAGACUGUAAUUCAUAGCAAUGAUUUGUAGCUGGUAUGUAGUUAUGUAGCUCCCCCCUCCCCGCCUCUUGUGGCUGAGGGGUGGCCUUUAAGGGUUGAGGCAUCAGAUUUGUAUCCACCAUUUAUCCCUGAGUGAUAAUAAGAGGCUAUUAAAUUCAGAGUCUAUGUUUCUCUUAGCUCCAGCAGGUGAGGUGGUUUUGACCACUGGUGUUGCUUUUAAGUUUGUAACACUCGAGGUUAGCCAAAGUCAUAUUUCCUGUUUCAUUACCAUAUGACCGAACAAAACCAAACUAGUUGUGUAGCAUUGUCUUAUGGUCUGGUAUAAAAGCAAAAUAGAAUAAUUGCCCCAAAGGUAAAAAAAUAUGUAUCCUGGAAAUUUUUUAUAUUAUAUUACAAUACAAAAAAAAGGCACAUUAAAAAUUUUCUGAGAAAAUAAUGUCCCAUAGUCCUUAAGAACUUUUUGAAAUGUUGUUGUUUUCGUUGUUUUUAUUGACUCAGGUGAGCAAUAUUUGUCAAAUUAGAUCUCUUGCCAGGCCAUGUACAGGUUUGUUAAAUAAAAUAUAAUGAAGAAAAUAAAAAGAAGAGAAUGAAAAUACACCUUACCUUUUGUAUAUGACAGGUCAAUUAAUAUUUCACUCCAAUACACAGAAUCAGUAAAUUGGAUGAUUUAUGAAAUAUUCACAAGUUUUAACAUUGAACUUUACACAAAUAUGUAUAUACUAACAGUUUUAAAGUUAGGAUUUCCAGAAGAUUCUAAAAUAGUUGAACUACCCAAUUUGAUUUGAAGCGGAAAUUUCAUAAAUUUUUGCUGAAAUGGUAUUGUUGAUUGAGAUAUAGGAAGGAAAAAGGAAUAGUUUUGCAGGUUAGGGGAGAAAUAUUGAUGGAUUGUAGAUAUGUUAAUUGUUCGCGAGUAUUAUAUAUGUUAUGACGGCAAUCACAUGAUAAGGGAGGGCGGGGGUGGGGGGGUGAGGUUACAUUUUUUUUAUGAAUUUGUACAUUUUUUUUUACAGACUAAAAACUAGUGUCUGAUAUACUAUAUAUUGUUUUGAAUUAUUUAUUUCCGUCUGUACAACAUGAUAAAAACUAUAUUGUAUUGAUGGACAUAUUCGUUGUUGAAAAAAUUAUAUCUGUGAAACAUUUUAUGAAAUUGUUGCUUUGUGCACUUUUAUGUAAUAAAAUAAUGCUAGCUUA